CUUGUUAAAGAAGGUCGUCCAGGAGAUUUUCAAGAUGAUGAAAAUAGAGAAGAUACUGAAACAGAUACAGCAGAUAGAACUGAAAAAAGUGCAGCAUCUGGCAGUAAAGAUAUCGGAAAUCACAGACCCACCACCCCGUAUGUGGGAACACCUAUAAAUGAACUUGAUCUCUCUGAAUGCACUCAGUGUACGCCAAGUUAUCGGCUCCUACCAAAGGAUUAUGCAGUUGAGAUUCCAAGCUACAGAAAUACACUUGGUAAAAAGACACUCAAUGACCACCUGGUAUCUGUCACCUCCGGGAGUGAAGAUUACUCAUUCAGUCAUAUGCGCAAAAACCAGUAUGAAGAAAGCUUAUUUCGGUGUGAGGAUGAUAGGUAUGAAAUGGACAUGUUACUAGGAUCUGUAAGUUCAGCAAUCAAACACGUGGAAAUCCUUCUGGAAAAGAUGAACAACAACACUAUCUCAGUAGACACUACUAUAUGUAUCGAGAAACACUUAUCAGCUAUGAACUUAAGAUGCAUUGAGCGGUUAUACGGUGAUAAUGGGCUUGAUGUCAUGGAUCUUUUGAAGAAGAACAUGCAUAGUGCUUUACCGGUGAUACUGACGCGCUUGAAGCAGAAGCAAGAAGAAUGGGCAAGGUGCCACUCUGAUUUCCAGAAAGUUUGGGCUGAAGUAUAUGCUAAGAAUCACCACAAGUCACUAGAUCAUCGUAGUUUCUAUUUCAAGCAGCAGGACUCUAAGAACUUGAGCACAAAAUGUAUGAAAUGGACAUGUUACUAG